AUGUCUCAGAGUCCUUCCUCAAAGAAACCUACUCCGAUUUCUGAAACAGCAUCAGGUUCUAGGGCACCAAAUGUUGUGAGCAAUCAAGAUGUGGUACUGGAUGUCGUGCCAUUGAACUCUGUCCCUUCUUCCGAUUCUGCUCGCAGUCAUCCAAGAAAGAUGCAUGCAAGAAAGUCUACCGGAGGAUCUGUCCCAGAAACUUUUCCUGUCCAGGGUAGAGAAGGCUCGACAUAUGUUCAUAAUGCAAUUGCAAACAUUGUCACCAGAAUCUUGAAUGAAGGACACAAGGUCGAAGGAAUUUCUGUUCCUCUAGCCCAAAUGCCCGCUUCAGAUGAUGAUCAAGGUGAGCAUGAUGAGGUAAGCAAAGAUCAAGAAAAUGUUGAGACUUCGGCUAGUAAUGAUAGGACAUUUGCUGAUAAUGAUGAGACGCAUGUUGUUAAAGAUGUUGAGACAUCUGCUGGAAAUGAUAAGACCCCUGCUGCCAAAGAUGUUGAAACAACCGAGGCUGUCAAUGCUGAACCUGAGAAAGAUGAAGAGGUUCCUGUUGUUCCUGCUGUUCCUGCUGAGAAAGAUGAAAACCCUAAAGUACAUGAUGUAGUGGAUCUUGAUGAUCUUGAGGAUCCUAUUGAUAUUGCUGAUGAUGACCUCAUUUCCAGCAUCUCCAACAGGGUUAAGGCUCGUAAAGGAAAGCAAGUCUGUGAUCAACAAUUUCUCAAGCCACAGGUUGCUCCCCUGAAGACUGCUGCUAAAGAAAGGGUGAAGAGAGUUUCCACUGAACCUGCAAAGUCUGAAAGCAAAGUUACUAUGAAGAAGAGAAAGGAAAGAAGUGUUUCUGCCACAGAAGAUGAUGUCCUAAGUGAUGUCCCUGACAUCCCUUCCAAGAAGAAGAUUGCUGUCACAAAAUCCUCCACAAAGGUUCGUGAUGUCCCUUUGGAUAAUAUUUACUUGCACUAUGCAUCAAAUGCUAUCCAGUGGAAGUUUGUUUAUCAAAGAAGGUUGGCUCUAGAGAGAGAACUAGCAAAUGAUGCUCUGGAAUGUCAAGAGAUCAUGAAGCUCAUCAAGGAUGCAGGUUUGAUGAAAACUGUUUCUCAUUUUUCAAAAUGUUAUGAAAUGCUUGUGAAGGAAUUUAUUGUGAAUCUGUCUCAAGAUUGUGGUAAUGGCACAACUGAUGAUUUCCAUAAGGUGUAUGUUAGAAGAAAGUGUAUAGAUUUUUCUCCUGCUGUUAUCAACUUAUAUCUAGGAAGAGAUGGUAAAGCUCAACCUGAGCUUGAGGUGACUGACAAUGAGGUCUGCAAGGAAAUCACUGGUGGUACGGUUAAGAGGUGGCCUAUUAAGAGCAAACUGUCUGUCAGUUCUCUUAAUGGCAGGUAUGCAUUGCUGCACAAAAUUGGUGCUGCUAACUGGGUACCUACCAAUCACACUUCCACUAUUGCUGUUGGCCUAGGAAGAUUCAUAUAUGCUGUGGGAACCAAGACAAAAUUCGACUAUGGCUCUUACAUAUUUGAUCAAACCAUGAGGCAUGCUGGUACCUCUGCUACCAAGCUUCCCAUUGCCUUCCCAUCUCUGAUAUGUGGAAUCAUCCUCAAGCAACACCCAGGAAUUCUGAAAAGUAAAGAUACUGUGUGCAAGAGGGAGACUGCUCUGUCCUUUCACUACAAGCUGCUGCAGAGAUCUGAUGACAAGACAUCUGCUGGGACAUCUCAACCCAGAAAAUCUGUGACCAAAGCUCUCCUUAUUGCUGAGUUAAAAGAGACGUGUCAAGAGCUGGAGAACAGGAAGCUGAAACUUGAAAAUCUCAUCCACAGUCUUGAGCAGUCUACAGAUGAUGAUCUUGUUGGUGACAAGAAUGGUGCCAAUAUGGAUGAAGACCAAGAGGCUGAGGCAGAAGCUGAGGAUGCUGAGGCUGAGAGUGCUGAGAGUGAGAGUAGUGAUGCUGCUGAAGAGACUAGUAGCUCCAGUGAUGACAAUUCUGAUGGGUCAAGUGAUGAAGACAGUGAUGGGGCUGAUGAUUAG